AUGCCAAGCGGUAAUUCAAAUCCGAGUAAUAACAAUAAUACAAGCAGCAGCAAUAAUAAUAGCAGUGGUAGCAAUAGCAAUAGCGGUCGGGAGAGUAGUAACAGUAAUAGCAGCAAUAAUAAUAAUAACGCCAACAACAGCAACAACAACAACAACAGCAACAAUAAUAAUAAUAAUAAUAGCAAUAGCAGCAGCAAUAAUAAUUCAAAUUCUAGUAAUAAACCUAGUAAUUCUGAUAAUCAUGUUCGUAUCGUUCAAAAUUCUGAAUCGGACUUGCAAGCGUUAUUUGACAGUGUUUUAAAACCAGAUUCAAAACGGCCUUUACAAGUGCCUUGGCAUAUGAGAAAUCUCCCCGAUUCGUUCUUUACUCCACCAUCUACCGGUUCUAAGUCACCUUCCGUUCUUAGUAUAUCUCACAGUCGUGAAAAUUCGGCAGAUGCUGCUUUUUCAACAAACACAACUCCGGCAAGCCUUCAGGUGAAUCAUCCUCGUGCACACAGUUCUCCAGCUUCUCUCCAGCAAACCUAUGCUUCCGCUCAGCAAAAAAAUCCGCCUCAAGCUCCACAAGGAGUUCACACGCACAUCAAACAGAGGAGUUACGACAUGGGUGCUACGGUGGUAGAUGAACUUGGGCCAUUGCCUCCAGGAUGGGAACAAGCGAGAACGUCUCAGGGGCAGAUUUAUUAUUUAAAUCACAUAACAAGAUCUACAACGUGGGAAGAUCCGAGGAAAACUUUGGCCGCUCAAAAUUUACAAGCUCAACACGCGGAAUUACAAAAUUCGAGAGGAAAUCAACAGAAUUCGGCGGCGGCGGCGGCGGCAAAAGCGACGACUUUGGGAAUUUCGGCGGCUGGUCUGGGUCCAUUGCCAGAGGGUUGGGAACAAAGUUCCACUCCCGAGGGAGAAAUUUAUUUUAUUAAUCAUCAAACGAGAACGACAUCUUGGUUCGAUCCGAGAAUACCAUUACAAUUGCAAAGAUCUCCAACUGGAUUAAUAAUACCCCAUGGAAAUUCAUGGAUUCAAUCGAGCGCUCAGCAAAGUUCACAAAAUUGUCAACAAGAAUUAAGAGUGCAAUUAUUGCAAAUGGAGAGGGAGAGGCUGAGACAGAGGCAAGAGGAAAUCAGAAGACAACAAGAACUGAUGACACGGACGACUGAACUUCCUCCAGGAUCCAUGGAUCCCUUUCUAUCGGGUCUCACCGAUCACGGUCGUCAGGAGAGCACCGACAGCGGUUUAGGAAUGGGAAAUUCCUAUUCAUUGCCACAAACUCCGCAGGAUAUUCUGGACGAAUCCAUGGACGGCGUUAGCGAAGGAGGCCAUACCGACAUGACAUCUUUGGAUAAUACUGACAUUAGCACAGAUGAUUUGGUGCCAACUUUACUCGGGGAGGAUUUGACAUCUGAUAUUUUAGAUGAUGUUCAGUCUCUUAUCAAUCCGACGUCUACGAAACCGGACAACGUUUUAACGUGGCUUUAG